GUAAUUAACAGCAUCUAGCAGAUUGCUUGUUGUUGUUCUUAAAAAGUCAUUUUACAAUCAAUAAAUAAAUUUAUAAAUACUAAAUUCUUAAAUAAUUAGUUAAAUUAUUUAAUGACAAUUAAAAUAAGUGAUUUAUUUUAUAUUUUUUAAAAACUAUUUAAUAAAAAAUCAUGACACAUUGAUUCUAACCUAAAAUAAAGUGAUACAUCUGUUACAAUAAAAAUUUAACAAAUAAUGUUGAACAAUUAGGAUAAAAUAAAUAAAUUAAAAAAUCUGUCAGUUUUUUAGAUGAAAAAUUUGAAGUUAAUCAUGUCUGGGAAAGGUAAAUUAAAUUUAAAAAAGACACCUGUCAAAGUUCGUGAAAAUAAAUCCCAAGCGCCAGUCCAAGCAGCAGAAACAAGUUCUGACGGGAUUGAAAUGUCAUUUGCGCUGUCUGUAAUAAAAAUAUCUGAGAAUAGUAAAUUAUUACCUCGUUACUCAAGUAUUCUUCAGCGCACAAAUGAAGACAGUGUUGGAAUGGAAGAUUUGGAUACUCUCCAGCUAGAAUUGGAGACUCUGUUGUCAUCAGUGGUGGUGCGGAGUCGCUUAUUGCAAGAAGAAAUAACAUGUUUGACGUCCGCCGAAGAAAGACGGGACAAACGGUCCAAGAGCGGCAAAGGUUUGUCUUUUGAAAAAAAAAUACGCGAUGAAAAAUUGCGUAUUAAAGACAUGUACUUCAAAGGACAGUCUCCUUUGUCAACAAAAUUGCUGAAAGCUAAGGCACUAGUAGCAGGUAACUCAACAAAUCAAAUUGUACCUAAUCCGCAUGAAAUAGUUAGAGUUGAAGGAUCUAAAACAGAUGUUCCAAAAUUAUUGCUGCCUAAAAAUGACACGACGAAUAAAUUUUGGGCGUCUGUUGAUUCUUACUGUGCUGAUAUUAUGCCAGAUGACAUAAAGCUCCUGGAAGAACUGAUAGCGACUCACUCAGAUCUUGGAGAGUUCAAAAAAAUUCCCCCGCUAGGAAGACACUACAGUUACACCUGGGCGCACAAUGACCUGCUGCAGGAAGAAGAAGCGAGCAAUGUAAAUCGUGAUAAGAAAAAAAACCGGUCAGAUGUCUCUACGUUGAUGUCGAAGGUCGACAAAAAAGCGACUAGCAUUGCUGGUCCGCUGACCCAACGAUUAGUCUCAGCGCUGAUGGAAGAAAAUGUUUAUACUCCUAAUAGUGACAGCAAGGUGUUUAGAGAAGGUGAUCCUCCGGUGCUACGAGAUCUCUCUAUUCAAAAUUCAAUGAACCUGGAGAUGCGCAUGCACAAGGAACUCGUGGAGCAAGGGAUCCUCGAACCGGAUUCGCACAGGAAGAAUAAUGAAGAUGAUGAAAUUCUCGCGGAGAUUAAACGCUGUCAGCAGGAUCUUUUGACCUUAUCUAGUCACAAUGUGGUUCAGUUGAAACGACUGUUGAGUCUUGCUCAAGAAGAGAGUAAGCGGCAAGCGCUUAAACGGAAAAUCAGUGCUAUUGAUAAUGAAGUUGUGGAGCAUUAUAAUAAAUUAAUCAUGUCCAAGCAACGCAAGGUUCCUUUGACUAAAAAAGAACAGGAAAAAGCUUGGGCUAGUCUCAGGGAACGAGAAGGAUUGCUUCAGCAACUUAAUGUUUUACCCUCCAAUAAUGUUGGAGAAUCUGUAACUAGUAAUGUUGGAACGUAAUUUAUUUUGGUGUAUUUUAUUAUGUGUAUAAUUGUAAGUUUAAUUGAAUAAAAUCAUGAUUGUAAUUGUA